AUGGAUACCUCCGCAAAUUCGUCACAUUCUGCCCGGGAUAAGCGUAUUAAGCCUAUCAUAACUUUCUCUCGUGAUCUUCGGAAGCAGUUGCCGAGCAAGAAUGAUGAACAAGUGCCGUGCAAUCAAAUUGACGAGUUAAGGGAACAAAUCAGCGCUAUCAGAUCUUAUUCUCUUAAAUCCCCGGGCUCACAUCGUCAUGCACAGCUAGACAGCGCAGGUACUGACCUUUGGAACUGGUGUGUUAAGGUUAAACGUGAAGAUGGUAAAGAGACAUCACCAGCUCGAAGGAGGUUUUUGACGCUUGCUCGCGUCUUCUCGUUUCUGAUUCUGGUGCUGGCGCAAUGGGGUGAUCAUAACGCACCGGGUGAUCUCCUGCGCCUGGAAAAAUUGGCAAUCAAAACCGGCAGAUCUUGUAUUGUAGAUGGCGAACUUAAGUUUGCUUUCAUUGCUUUGCAGAAGGCCGCAGAAUAUAACGGACUGCUGCAGAGUAUGCAAGAAAAGCUGCCGGUCGAAGAGCUUGAUGCCUGCAGGAACCUGGAGGCGGAGUGUGUUAUACUUCGUAUAGUACUGGCCUGGAAAGAAGACCGCCUUGACGUAGCCGACCAUCUUUAUGAAAAGGUACAAGAUUGCAAGCGUACUACAAAUCCAGCGUCGGUAGAGAACUUUGCCGACUCCCUCUUUGAGAUUGGGAACGACUUGAUAGCAAAGAAGAACUUCUCACUAGCAGUGAAGUGGCUAGAAAGGGCGUAUGAAUUCAUUAACAGCCAAGACCUCGAGCAGCUAUCAAGAGAAGUCGUCGAGUUAAGACUAACAAUAUCGCAAGCACUCAUUCGCGCAUAUUUGAACUUAAAUACGCCAGAAAGCUUCAAGAGCGCCGAAAACCAUGUCUGUUACAUUGAAUCCGAGCUUGGUGACAAGCUUGUUGUUCUUCUACUUAGGUUGGAACUCCUACUCAGCUCACCAGCCGAAGUAUUCGACAGCAAUGCAUAUGCGGCUAUCCUGCGGCGUAUGAUUGGGACCCUUGAGAUCUCAGAAUCGAGUUUCAAUAUUAUGAUACACCAUGUACGUAAGUUAGACGACAAGAGUCCAAGCCUAGCCUCAUCUAUUCUUGGCGAAUUCAUAACAUUGAGAGUAUUGCCCACCCAACAUGGCACCUGGAUUGAAAGAGCCGUCGUGCUUUGCGUGCAGAUGGCAGCAGCACGUCGGGAUACAUACGAAACAAUACAAGAGCUCGGGGCGAUAUUUGAUAAUAUCGCGGCCAAAGUAGAAACGUCACUGUCAGCCGCUGCUGUUCUCGCCAUACAAGUGCUCAUAUGGAAAAAAGUCGAUGCCGCAUUCAAUGAAGGAGCGUUGGAUAUUACAGAGAAAUGGUGCCACGUAGCCAUACACCCAGCGCUCCGUCAUUCCGGGCCGGCGAAUACAGCGAAGAUCACCAGGAAGCUGAUGUGCUGUGCACUUCAAAGAAACAGCUUAGAGAACGCUACAGAAAUCCUCCAAUCUAUGAGUGAAUCGAGUAAGCGAGAGCCAAUGACGCUCUACCUCGCGUACAAAUUAGCUGUGAGAGGCAGAGAUCGGGAGAUGGCCUCCAACUGUUUAAGACAUAUCAUCGAAGCCUCGCCAAAAGACCCACAAUAUUUGUACGCAUGCUGCAUAGACGCACAAGAAGCUAAUGACAAAGUGUGCGCGAUCGAGGCUUUGAAAUAUUUGAUACAAAACUCCGAAUACAACUCUUCGGAUGCUGUUCAUCUUCCGGCACUGCUUCGGGUCGUAAUACGCCUUGAGAUAUCACUUCUCAAGGACAAGGAGGAGGAGGACGCCGACCGUAACCUGAUAAUAGACGAUAUUUGCCAAAUUUUCGAAGGGGUUGUGCCAGCCAUACAGAGAGACCCGCGGAAUGGUAGCGGCGACAAGAUAUUCACGGUAGAAGAACUGGAUUGGUUUGGCAAAAACGCCUAUAACCUAGCCGUCAAAAUGGUCAAUAUUUGGCAGCCGAGGCAAAGUAUCCGCAUCUUCCAAUGCUGCCUUUCAAUCAUCUCCCAAUAUCCUAAUGAUAUACCAACCCAGGCAGUCGAGGAUCUGUCACUACGUACGAUGUUCUGUCAUUUUCUAAUGGCAACAGUGCACAUUGCCUUGGCCCGCGCCCAAGAUGACAUCGAAAUGCAGCUUCAAGACUACCUCUUGAUGCGUAAUCAUGUCAAUGGCUUUGAUAAGGGCGGAGAGGUUCGGUUAAACACAUUAGAUGAAGUGUCCAAAAACGACUUACAACUGAAGCUUUCGACCCUUCUCGUUUUUGAUUUUGAAGGGGCUAUAUCUCAGUCCUGCCACAAAUUAUCCAUAUUUCAGGCAAUGGCAGAUUGUCUCCUACGAGCCCAGUCAGUCCCCGGACAAGUACUAUAUUCUACACUGCGUAAGAUCAUAAAUCACAUAUUUUUGCUUGAACACUUCGACAAUGAAAAGCUCGCAAAAUACCUGCGAUGUUUACUCAAGGCGACUCUCGCUUCAGAACCGGAGUAUCCCCUUAAAGUAAUGGAGGAUAUCUGCAGGCUUGUCAAGCAAUGCGCAAGUAGCGAACGGCCUAUUCCGCCUCUCGAGGUUGAAUGGUUUGCUACGACAGCGUUCAACCACGGCGUAGACUUGUACGGAAUCAACGAAGAUAAGCUCAGCAAGCAGUGGAUCGCACACGCACUUACCUUGGCGCAUUACCAUGAAGAUGGAGGCGACAUGGAGCGGGAGCUUCAGAAGAGGCAAAUUAACCUUAAAUUCGAUUCGUGA